CCCUGCAUCCACUGCUGCCGCUUCCCAGAGCCUGUGACCCAUCGCCGCCGCCGCCGCUGCCGCUGCCGCAACCUUUCCGUGCCAUUUCCUCCUCUCCGCCGCGGCGGCGAUGUGAUUCCCCUUCUCCAGGCUCGGCCCGCCUCAGCUGAGCGGCGAAUAUGGCGGAGCCAUCAGUUGAAUCAGCAAGCCCAGGAGGGUCUGCAACAUCAGAUGACCAUGAAUUUGACCCAACAGCAGACAUGCUGGUACAUGAUUUUGAUGAUGAACGAACGCUAGAAGAGGAAGAAAUGAUGGAAGGUGAAACAAACUUCAGUUCUGAAAUAGAAGAUCUUACAAGGGAAGGUGAUAUGCCAAUUCAUGAGCUUCUUAGCCUUUAUGGUUAUGAUGGUUCUGUACCACUACCAGAAGAGGAAGAAGAGGAGGAGGAGGAGGAGGGUGAGGGUGAAGAUAAUGAUAACAACAGUGGGUGCAGUGGAGAAAAUAAAGAGGAGACUAUCAAGGAUUCAUCAGGUCAAGAGGAUGAGACACAGUCCUCAAAUGGUGAUCCAGUUUCAUCUGUAGUACCAGAAAUAAUUCGCCCACGUCGUUGUAAAUACUUUGAUACAAAUAGUGAAAUAGAAGAGGAAUCUGAAGAAGACGAAGACUAUAUUCCUUCAGAAGACUGGAAAAAAGAAAUUAUGGUGGGCUCCAUGUAUCAAGCUGAAAUUCCAGUUGGUAUAUCUAAAUAUAAAGAGAAUGAGAAAGUGUAUGAAAAUGAUGAUCAAUUGCUAUGGAAUCCAGAUUACUUGACUGAAGAUAAAGUGAUUGAAUUCCUUAAUGAAGCCUCCAGACGUACAGGCGAUGAAAGAGGAAUUGAUGCAAUUCCUGAAGGAUCCCAUAUUAAAGAUAAUGAACAGGCUUUGUAUGAAUUAGUGAAAUGUAAUUUUGAUACAGAUGAAGCAUUAAGAAGAUUGAGAUUUAAUGUAAAAGCAGCUCGGGAGGAGCUAUCUGUUUGGACAGAAGAAGAAUGUAGAAAUUUUGAACAAGGUUUGAAGGCUUAUGGAAAGGAUUUUCACUUAAUCCAAGCAAACAAGGUACGAACAAGAUCUGUUGGAGAGUGUGUAGCAUUUUACUACAUGUGGAAAAAAUCAGAACGAUAUGACUUUUUUGCUCAGCAGACAAGAUUUGGUAAAAAGAAGUACAAUCUCCAUCCUGGUGUAACGGACUACAUGGAUCGUCUUUUAGAUGAAAGUGAAAGUGCAGCAUCCAGCAGAGCUCCUAGCCCUCCUCCUACAACUUCCAAUAGUAGCACCAGCCAUUCGGAAAGAGAGGACAGCACAACCAGCAAUAGUAAUCAAAAUGGUGUAUCUACUAAUGGGCCAAGUGAGUUAUCAAAUAAAGAUGACGUGAAAAUUGAAGGACUGCACAUAAAUGGACCAACAACUGGCAAAAAACCACAUCCUGUAGAUUUCGAUACAAAUGGUUAUGAGCCUGAAAACCUUUCCAAUCAUUCUAAACUUCCUCAUUCAAAUGCAAGGCAUGAUCUUGAAGAUAUGAAUGAAAGGCCCAUGAAAAGGAGAAGAAUCAACAGCAGUGACAAAGAGUGCACAGCUUCCUCUGAAAUUUUCCAAGAAACAGUAGCCCAUGGAAAUUUUGAAGACCAGGACACUGUGGGUGACUGAAUACGUUUCAUUCAAAUAAUAUUAUGGGAUGUCUGCAUUUUCAGGGUUAAUAGGUUCUCUUUACAGAUUCAAAUCCCAUAAAAUAAUUUAUGGAGAUUUUGAAAUAUAUUUAAAUUGCUUCCUAAUCCAAGCUAAGGUUACCUUUUAAAAUCCUGAAAUGCAGAUACAGCAUGUGGGAGAAUUUUCUAUCAGAGAGCCGGUUGCUAUAGAAUCGGUUGAGAGGUUGUUGGGAUUUUUUUCCGGCAAAUUUCUUUAGAUGACUUCAGGGCACUAACCUGUUAUCUAAAUUAUACUUUGAAAAAUAACUUAAAAUUCCCA